AUGCCAACCGCACACCACCAGCGCGCACCCAACCUGGGCCAAUGGCCGACGCAACGCCCGGCACGCCAGAGAGGCCAGGGCAGAAACGGGUACAGAGGAAACCACUUCGACCCAAAUUUUGUCGACCCCAGAAGAGGAGGACCCCCAACUCAACCCAACCCUGGAAACAGGCAGCUAGUGGUUAGAGACACCAACGGACCAGGGCCAAUGCAACCUCAACCAAGUUCCCAGUCCAAAACCCAGUAG